GCCUACGCGGAUGACGUAUAUGAAGCAUCAUCUAGCACGUUAUAUUUCAAUUUAGGACACAAAAGAUUGGCAGAUUAACGCUGUGCUUAAUAGGAGCCACCGAUCUACGCAAAUUAAGCUGAGGAUUAAUAGAGAGUUCUGUUUUUUUUGACACUGGUUGGAAUUCAACUAAAUCAAGAGGAUUUGAAGGGCUAUUCUAUUCACUCAUUUCGAYUUGAGAAAAUGGAUACGGAUUUUGAGAGUGGUACUUUGACUGUAGGAUUCAUAGUUCUGUUUAUACCAGAUGUUGUUUUAAACUCGUUAUUGUGUUUAGCGAUUCUCAGAACAAGAUCACUWCAAACGCCAAUAAACUACCUGAUCGGGAACCUCGCGUUUUGCGACAUUCUUAUUGGAAUAUUUAUCUUUCCUCGUCACAUCAUCAACCCCAGCUUCGAGCACCCUCAAGGCGUCCUCGGCGACUAUCUMUGCAAGUUCCUCACUGGAGGUGGUUUUCUGUGGAUUAGUGUGACAUCUUCUGGGUUUUUUCUCACUGUCAUUGCCUUCGAACGAUAUUUCACAGUGGAGUAUCCUCAUUCUAUUCGGCUUCGCAUUACAAACAAAAAAGUCCACAGGAUUKUGAUUGUUGUUUGGGCGAUUUCAGUAGCUGCUAACUGCCCGAGUUCCCUUGUCUUAAAAUACGAUACUAAGGAUAAUUUUUGCUUGGAGGAAUGGCCAGAAUGGGUGUCUCCGAAAGCUUACGUUGCAGUCGUGUUCAUAAUGGGAAACAGUUCAGUUCUUUUCAUGUACAUGCUGUAUUCAAGGAUCCUGUACAAAUUCUGGAAGAAAAAACGUAAUGUCACUGAGAUUUCGCAAGCAGCUAGGCUAAGAGUGCGAACACAGGUGACCAAAAUGCUAGUCGCCAUGACAGUUGUUCAUACACUCUGUCGCGCUCCAAACUAUAGCUUUUAUCUCUUAAGUUAUAUCGAACCGAGCUUUAAAUACGGCUCAAAUCUCUACAAUUUUACCGUUUUAUUGAUUGUUCUUAAUUCCACUUCACACCCGUUUUUACUUUGCUGGCAAAUGCGAACCCUUAGACGUGGAGUGACAAGGAUUUUGAAGACCUGUCUUUGUAUAAAAGCGGUAAGAAAGGUUGCUUUUAGGCGAGUUUACGGCGUUGGCAUGAGCUAUAGUUACAGAUGAACCGAUUGUGAGUAGAAAAGGAAUAGCGAUGGUYCAAAUCUUGCAAGAAAUGGUUUCGGAUUCAAUCGAGUCGAGAUAAGCGCCACUACGUGAUCGGUUCCUGGGCUUUAUAUUUAUAAAAUACAGAAYGAAAACAAAACAAUGCAAACUUAACGGGAGAAGAAUGAUAAACAUUACAGGAAGGCACACGYGAAUUAAUAAUUACACUUGAAAAUAAAUUACCGGCUAUCUAAACAGACAGCUAAUGAGAUUACCAAACGCCUGGCAGAAUUAUUUCCACCGGCUAAGCUUUUAUGYUAUUUAUUUUAUGUCGUAUUUGAGUGAUGUCGGAUAGUUAUCUCUUGUCUUAGCUCUAGUAGAUUUGGUUUUAUCUCUAGAUGGAUGUACUAAACUAUGAGUAAGUUGUGGCUAUUGAAUAUAAAAUAGAUGGCUGAUGACAUAGAUGGAAUAAAUAAAAAUUGCUUUCACAAGAAACUCCGCGCACGCGCCGUCGUAUGUACAGCAGGUUCAACCUCGUCCCUAGGGCCCUCUCGGCCGACUCCAAUUCAAUAUGGCGGUCGUCGGGGACGAGGUUGCAGCAGGUUCUGAGUCGACGGGACUGAAAUGAAUGCACGUGAAAGCGUCCCUAUAACACUAUACAGUCUAUGUACGGAUACGGAGCAUAGAAUGACAAAAAUUUUCUCGCUCUAGCUAGAACUGUACUAUCGUAACUACAACGGGUUCAGUUGAGUCGACGGGACGGAAAUGAAUGCACGUGAAACGUCGCUAUCAGUCGCUGAACGCCAAUGAAGGCCGCUAUACAGUCCAUGUAUGACACGGGAAUACAGCUUUAACGGCUUUCAURUUUCAUAGUUAAAACUAGGAUAUCCAGGAGGACAUGAAAGAAAAAAAGAAUAACCGGCUAUAAUUCAUAAUAUAAAAUAGUUCAGCGCGCAUGUGUCCGCGGGUUGCUUAAACUGCCCCCCGACCCAUACCAAAAAC